AUGGCGCCUGCACGCUCCUCGACGCGUGUCAAAACAGCGACUGCGAAAGCCCCUGCGAAGACAGCGACCAAGACCACAAUGGCCAAAAAGGCCGGAGUAAAGAAAGCAGCUCCUGCGUCUGAUGCAAAGACGCAGAAGAAGACUGCAGCUUCCACCACGGAAACGAAGAAGACGAAGCUCAAAACUGCUGCAGCAAAGGCUGUCGUUGACGCUGGCGCGAAAGUUACCACCACCAAGCGCGAGAAAAAAUCGACAACACGCGAUACUAAGGCUGUUGAAGGGGCCUUACCGGCUCCUCCAGCUCGCAAACGUAAGACCAGCACCGAAGAAGACGCGGCAGCUGAGCCUAAACCCAAGAAGGCUCGCGUCGCAAAGGCUCCUAUCACCCGCAAACCCAAGCCCAAGGUGGUGAUUAACAAGGCUCCCUCCCAGAAGCUUAGAGUCUUUGUUUGCGGUGAAGGAAGCCAGGGAGAGCUUGGCCUUGGAUCUGCCAAGGGAACUGUUGAUGUGAAGCGCCCGCGUUUGAACGCCCUUUUGGCGGCCGAAGACGUCGGCGUGGUUCAAGUUGCCGCAGGGGGUAUGCACUGCGUCGCGCUGACCCACGACGGCAAGGUCCUCACCUGGGGUGUCAACGACCAAGGUGCCUUGGGCCGUGACACUGCUUGGGAGGGAGGUCUGAAGGAUAUUGACGCGAAGAGCGAUUGCAGUUCCGACAGUGGCAGUGACACCGGCCUCAACCCUCACGAAUCUACACCUACAGCCAUCCCAUCUGACGCCUUCCCUGAGGGGACUGUCAUUGUCCAGGUCGCAGCAGGCGACAGCUCCUCCUUCGCGCUCACUGACGAUGGCUUGGUCUAUGGGUGGGGUACAUUUAGAGGAAACGAAGGGAUCAUCGGUUUUGAUGCCGACACUAAGAUCCAGGCCACUCCUAAGCUCAUCCCUGGCCUCAAGAAAAUUACCCACCUUGCCUGCGGUGAUAACCACACCCUAGCCCUCGACAGCCGCGGCGCCGUCUUUGCAUGGGGAUCUGGCCAACAGAACCAGCUUGGCCGCCGCAUUGUGGAGCGUAAUAAACUCAACGGGCUACAGCCUCGCGAGUUUGGCCUCCCAAAGAACAUUGUUCACGUCGGCUGUGGUUCAUUCCACUCCUUCGCGGUUCAUAAAUCCGGCAAGGUUUACGGAUGGGGUCUGAACAGCUACUGCGAAACUGGCAUCCAGCAAGGCGCAGGGGAUGAUGAGGCUGUUGUCCUUCACCCCACCGUAAUCGACUCCCUCAAGGACAAGAACAUUACUCAAAUUUGCGGCGGUUCUCAUCAUUCCCUCGCUCGCACUGCUGAAGGGGAAUGCCUGGUUUGGGGCCGUCUUGACGGAUUCCAAUCAGGCUUGAAGGUUGAAAACUUGCCCGACUCCGCAGUUAUUAAAGACGAUAGGAAUCGUGCUCGUGUCUUAUUUCAACCAACUGCUGUUCCAGGAUUCAAGGCAGAAUAUGUUGCGGCCGGGGCAGAUCAUUCCAUUGCCAUCGACAAUGAUGGCCGCGCAUGGACUUGGGGCUUUUCCGCCAAUUAUCAGACAGGACAAGGAACCGACGACGAUAUUGAAGUCGCUACCAUUGUCGAUAACACCGCAGUGCGCGGGAAGAAAUUGAACACUGCUGGGGCCGGUGGACAGUACUCCGUCUUCACUGCAAUUGCUGAGUAA